AGAUUUGACGCGACGUACGCCGGGCCGCGCGUGCAACAGUAUGAAUUAUUCAGAAUGCGGUUGUGCAAAUAUUAGGAAAGUAACCUGAUUCCGAAGCUUUCCGAUUGUGCAUGCGGAAAGCCUCGGGAACCAGACUAAAAAUGAAAGUAGUAUCGAACAGAAAGUAGACACCGAGUCUCUUAUUAGUAAGGCUAGACUAGUUAUUCUUCGACAUGAAACCAAGACAUUCAAAAUCAGAAUGGAAAACAUCCGAACGACAGGAACCUUUCAACAGAAAAAGAGGAAGGGGAAGGAGAAAAUGGCAUAAUAAAAGAGAGUCGGGCCUUUCGAAGACUGACUCUCAGUCUCAGUCUCACUCAGACUCUGUGCCAGGAUGCAGGAACGAUGCCAUCGCCAAUGAUGCAGGAAGAUCUACUGCUGCAGAUUGUGAAAUACCAGGGUUCUAUUAUGACCCAAAGAAAAAAAAAUACUUCAAAAUCCAACCUAACCAAUUUUCCAGCCUUGGAUACACUGUAACAAAGCAGAAUAUGGAGAAGAAAGCACAAGAAGUAAAAAGAAUAGAAAGUCUGAACAAGCAGACAGACAAAGUACAUGCACACCAUUUUCUGGAACUGAUGAAUAGACAAGCAAUUGGAAAUAUUGGUUCUGUCCAGUUUCAGAGAUAUUUCAUCCACAAGAGGAUAUCGUGCAUUGAUAAUAACCCUAACCAAAAUAUUACUGUGCCAUCAAUUCAUGGUAUUGUAGAACACCCAAAAAUGAUUGGUUUAAACUCUAAUCAUGAUAAAUUUAUUUCAUUGUGGAACCUUAAAAGUAAUUUAGCCAAACAUAUUAAUAUUGUAAACAUUAAAAUGGCAGACACUGGUGGAAUAGACAUUGAUUUUGGAAAGUCCUACCUCAGUGAGUGUGUUUGUGUAUCCAGCAUGUUUUGGACAGAAAGGAAGAGGUCGAUGCCACUUCAUAUAUUGUACACCUCGGCACCUUACUACUCUGGUAAUGGAAGUAGUAUAGCUCACAUUUGUCAGGUCUCAGACCAAGGCCAGUGUGGCACCCCAAAUUCCUUCAGUAUUGGUCAGCGAUACAUAUGGUGUUGUGCCCUGGACCCUGACUACAGGAAGUUCAGUGCUGGGUGUGAGAAAGGUGCGCUUCUUGUAGAUGUAGAAACUCGCCGAAUGUGGGAGAUCUUUACGCAGAGGAGUGAUGUGUCCAGCACAGUGUUCACUCAUCAGAAUCCCUGUAUCCUGUACAGUGGCAACACGAAGGGUUGCAUAUUUACUCACGACACACGCAGCCAUCUAGAUCGAACAUUAACUGAGCUGAGAAUGAAAGGAAUAGUGACCAGUUUACAACUAACAGACAAUGAUAUCCAUCUCUUGGCCAGUGACGCUCUGGGAAAUGCCUUACUGUGGGAUCUUAGGAUGCAGAAGGUGAUAGUUGAGUACAGGGGAAUGAAGAACGAAAGUACGCGCAACCCUAUUCAUAUGGACGAUGCUGAGAGAGUAGUGUAUGGAUGCGAUUUAGAAGGUUACACAAGAUUUUGGUGUAAGGACUCGGGGAAACUUUUGAGAACCAUUCCAGCUCCAGUUCCAUGUUCUUCGACCAGUGUACCAGCUGUUUUGUAUUCUGAUAGGUGGGGAAACAAAGCUGGCAACUCUGCUUUGUUGUUAGGAUCGGGCAACAAGUUGUAUCUGUAUAAAAUCUGAACAUCUUCGGUGGCAGUAAAUGUGAACAAGCAGCAAAUUAGACCACUGAGAGUGUAAGUCUGACAACAUCUGAACAUCUACAGUGUGUGAUAACUAUAAUAAGGUGUGAACAAGCAAUGAAUUAGACCACUGAGAGUGUAAGUCUGACAACAUCUGAACAUCUACAGUGUGUGAUAACUAUAAUAAUGUGAACGAGUAAUGAAUUAGACCACUGAGAAUGUAACAGUCUGACAACAUCUGAACAUCUACAGUGUGUGAUAACUAUGAUAAUGUGUGAACAAGCUUAGACCACUGAGAGUGUAAGUCUGACAACAUCUGAACAUCUACAGUGUGUGAUAACUAUGAUAAUGUGUGAACAAGCUUAGACCACUGAGAGUGUAAGUCUGACAACAUCUGAACAUCUACAGUGUGUGAUAACUAUGAUAAUGUGUGAACAAGCUUAGACCACUGAGAGUGUAACAGUCUGACAACAUCUGAACAUCUACAGUGUGUGAUAACUAUAAUAAGGUGUGAACAAGCUUAGACCACUGAGAGUGUAAGUCUGACAACAUCUGAACAUCUACAGUGUGUGAUAACUAUAAUAAUGUGUGAACAAGCAAUGAAUUAGACCACUGAGAGUGUAACAGUCUGACAACAUCUGAACAUCUACAGUGUGUGAUAACUAUGAUAAUGUGUGAACAAGCUUAGACCACUGAGAGUGUAAGUCUGACAACAUCUGAACAUCUACAGUGUGUGAUAACUAUAAUAAGGUGUGAACAAGCAAUGAAUUAGACCACUGAGAGUGUAAGUCUGACAACAUCUGAACAUCUACAGUGUGUGAUAACUAUAAUAAUGUGAACAAGUAAUGAAUUAGACCACUGAGAGUGUAAGUCUGACAACAUCUGAACAUCUACAGUGUGUGAUAACUAUAAUAAGGUGUGAACAAGCAAUGAAUUAGACCACUGAGAGUGUAAGUCUGACAACAUCUGAACAUCUACAGUGUGUGAUAACUAUAAUAAUGUGUGAACAAGCAAUGAAUUAGACCACUGAGAGUGUAACAGUCUGACAACAUCUGAACAUCUACAGUGUGUGAUAACUAUGAUAAUGUGUGAACAAGCUUAGACCACUGAGAGUGUAAGUCUGACAACAUCUGAACAUCUACAGUGUGUGAUAACUAUAAUAAGGUGUGAACAAGCAAUGAAUUAGACCACUGAGAGUGUAAGUCUGACAACAUCUGAACAUCUACAGUGUGUGAUAACUAUAAUAAUGUGUGAACAAGCAAUGAAUUAGACCACUGAGAAUGUAACAGUCUGACAACAUCUGAACAUCUACAGUGUGUGAUAACUAUGAUAAUGUGUGAACAAGUAAUGAAUUAGACCACUGAGAGUGUAACAGUCUGACAACAUCUGAACAUCUACAGUGUGUGAUAACUAUAAUAAGGUGUGAACAAGUAAUGAAUUAGACCACUGAGAGUGUAAGUCUGACAACAUCUGAACAUCUACAGUGUGUGAUAACUAUGAUAAUGUGUGAACAAGCUUAGACCACUGAGAGUGUAAGUCUGACAACAUCUGAACAUCUACAGUGUGUGAUAACUAUAAUAAGGUGUGAACAAGCAAUGAAUUAGACCACUGAGAGUGUAAGUCUGACAACAUCUGAACAUCUACAGUGUGUGAUAACUAUAAUAAUGUGAACAAGUAAUGAAUUAGACCACUGAGAGUGUAACAGUCUGACAACAUCUGAACAUCUACAAUGUGUGAUAACUAAUAAGGUGUGAACAAGCAAUGAAUUAGACCACUGAGAGUGUAAGUCUGACAACAUCUGAACAUCUACAGUGUGUGACAAUAUGUAUUAACUAGCAGUGAAUUAGACUAUUGAGAGUGUAUACUUGUCUGACAACAUCUGAACAUUAACUAUUGUUAGGUAGUUCUGUAUACUACAUGUAAGACUAUUAGUCAUCGUUAAGAAAAUGUGUUCAUUUCUUAAUUAAAACAACUGAGUAGGU